AUAUAUAUGUUUAAAAUUUUCUCAGAGAGAAUGCAUUAUCGUAGUUCAAACAGUUAAGAUCGAACAAAAGCUUGAGUACAAUAUCAUUUUUCAUACAAAAACAAUGAAAUCGUUAUAUUUUAUGCAAAUAUUUUCGUUAAUUAAUUUGUGUAACAUUAACGCAAAAAUUUUGAACACGGAAAAUGUACAAGUUUUUAAAAGCAUAAGCAAUUCAAGUAUGCCUUUGGAGACAUGUCGAGAAAACAUGGCACUUUUCCAAGAAAGUGAAAAUUCAACUAACUGGAUUUGCGACUGCACUUUCGAUCAAUAUUUAUAUUACGCCGAGAAGGAUUCCUGCUAUCAGGCUUAUUCUCAAGGGCCUUGUCCUCCGGCGCACUAUCUGGUCCUCGUUCCUGGUGAAAAACUAGCAAAAUGUCAAAAGAAUCCAUGCAAAGAGGAUGGUCUUGUUCCUUACAAUGAUGUAUGCGCUACUUUAGGUCAACAAUCCAAGGCUUGUUUCCGUAGAGGAUUCUUAGUAGUUGCUGAAAAUUUUCAACUUGGGUGUAUUUUCAGUAGAAUUUUUAAUAUUAUUAAGGCACCUCCGAAAAUGUGUCCUCCUGGAAGUCGAAGAAUUACUUUAGGAAGCUGUAAGCACGUUUGGUAAAGAUAUCCUAUGUAUGAGGUUUAAUAAAUGUACAUGUGAAAAAAUA